AUGAGUAACCAGAAUGGGGCACAACGACGACUGGGCGUUACGAUGCCUAUCUCAGAGGCUUUACCGACAAAGGAGGAUCUGGAUAGCAGUGACAGACUACUCCAAACUCUGAAGGAACAAGGAUUAGAGAUUGUUCUUGGAAAGUUGGACAAGUUGGUUAAGGAGUUUGUCUACGUUGUCUAUGUGCGCAAGGGAUAUCCAGAGCAGAUUGCCAAGGAGGCCGGUGGCAAGAUCUUCACCUUUGGUUCUUACCGAUUGGGUGUCCACGGAUCAGGUACCGAUAUCGAUACAUUGUGCGUCGUCCCCAGAUACGUCGAUCGCGAGGAUUUCUUUGAGGUCAUGUACGACAUGCUUCGCCGACGACCAGAGGUCACCGAACUCGCCUCCGUCCCCGAUGCAUUCACCCCUGUCAUCACAAUGAGCUUUUCUGACAUCCCUAUCGAUUUGACGUUUGCCCGACUUGGACUCUCAACUAUUCCGGAUACUCUCGACCUCUCUGACGACGCUUUACUCAGGAACUUGGAUGACCGUUGUAUUCGUUCUGUGAACGGCUCUCGUGUCACUGACGAAAUCUUGCGACUUGUCCCCAACAUCCCAACCUUCCGCCUGACACUUCGAUGUGUCAAACUGUGGGCUCAGCGUCGUGCCGUUUACUCCAACAUGAUGGGAUUCUUGGGAGGUGUCGCCUGGGCUAUGCUUGUUGCCAGAGUGUGCCAGUUAUACCCGAAUGCCUGUGCAGCCACCAUCAUCUCGAGAUUUUUUUCAAUUCUCCACCAGUGGUAA